AUGAUUGACUAUCGAACAUAUCCACGUAUAACUGGUUCUCUUCGUGCACAUUCUAAUAUUGCUGAACGAUUACAUUAUCGAGGUGAUAUUGAUGAAUUACAACGACGUCGACAACAAAUAUCAAACAUAGAUUCAACAAUAACAUUAACAUGGAAUGACCUUCAACAAUUAUUUUUAAAACAUAGUUUAAAUUCAACAGUUGAAUCACACAUUAAACAAUUACGAAAAUAUGCUAUUGAACUUGCUGGUUCAGAAUCAGAUUCAUCAUCAAUUGAUUCUGUUUGUAUUUAUCUCUUUGAUCUAUUUCGUACUGUUAAUCAAAUUCAAGUAUCACAUUUAAAAGAAUUAAAAUUAAGAUUUCCAACUUAUACUCAACAAUUAGUAACACAAAUAUUUGAAUUAAUACGUACAUUAAUAAAUUCUCUUAAACCAAGUUUUACUGAAGAAUAUUUAUUACGUACUACAUCGAAAUUAUCAUCAUCAAAAUCAUUAUUUGGUGAAGCAACUGUCUUUCAUCCUAUUUCAUUACAAAUAAAUGAACCAAUACCAUGGUUAAAUCGUUUAUCUUAUGAUAUAGCAUAUCAAGAACAAGAAAAUAUUAAUAAUGAAGAAAUAACUAAUGAAAUUUUACCUAUUAUUACAUCUUCAACAACAACAACAACAUCAUCAUCGAUUUAUACUAAAAAAUGGCUUGAAGAUCGUUUACGUACUGUUUUAAAAUCUCGUAAUGAUAAAGGUGAUUUAGGACAACAAGAAUUUUGUAAUUUAGUUUUUGAAAAUCUUGUUUCAAGUCAAACCGAUGAUGAAAUUCAACAUUCCUUAUGUGAUAUAAUUGGUUAUGAUCAUUUAGAAUUAAUUAGUGAAUUAAUACAAAAUCGUCAAAUGAUAAUUGAUGGAAUUUUAAAUAGUGCUAAAGCUCGUCCACGUGAAAUUAUUCGAGCACCAGAACUUAUUCAACGUCAAACACAACCAAUUCAUGGUCCAACUAUUAUUGUACAAAGUGAACAAGAAAAACGUUUAGAAAAACAAUUUAGAAAACAAGAUCGAAAACAACAACAACAACAACAGCAACAACAAUCAAAUGAUUUUAUUGAUGAAUUUUCUAAUCCAGAAUUAUUAAGAUAUGAACGUGAACGACAAUUACUUUUAGCAACAGAAAAACUUCAUGAAAAAUUAUCAAAUUUAUCUCAAUCAAAUUCAUUACAAACAAAUAUGAAAUAUCCAUAUGUAUUUGAUCAAUUACAAGAAAUCAAACAAAAAACAGCAUAUAUUGGUGGAAGAAAUCUUCUUUUACCAGAAAAUAUUGAACGAAAAUCAACAACAACUUAUGAUCUUGUUCAUAUUCCAUAUGGUGAACAAAUUAAAUUAGCUAAUUUAGGAAAACAUAUUUGUUCUGAACUUGUUCGUUAUGAAGAUUUAGAACCAUUAGGACAAAUUCUAUUUAAAGAUAGUGUUAAAACACUUAAUUUAGUUCAAUCAAUUGUAUACAAAACAGCAGCUUUUUCAAAUGAAAAUAUUCUUAUUUCUGCUCCAACUGGUGCUGGUAAAACAAAUAUUGCUAUGUUAACAAUACUUUAUGAAUUACGUCGUCAUUAUGAUACAAAUAAUGGUGUUUUAUUAGAUACAGAUUUUAAAAUUAUUUAUGUUGCACCUAUGAAAGCACUUGCAUCAGAAAUGGUUGAAAAUUUUUCUCGUCGUCUUUCAUCACUUGGUCUUCAAGUUAAAGAAUUAACUGGUGAUAUGCAAUUAACUAAAACUGAAAUUGAACGUACACAUAUGAUAAUAACAACACCAGAAAAAUGGGAUGUUAUUACACGUAAAUCAACAGGUGAUACAAAAUUUGUUCAAAGUGUUAAAUUAUUAAUUAUUGAUGAAAUUCAUUUAUUACAUGAAGAUCGUGGUCCUGUUAUUGAAGCACUUGUUGCACGUACAUUACGACAAGUUGAACAAACACAAGAAUCUAUUCGUAUUGUUGGUUUAUCAGCAACAUUACCAAAUUAUACAGAUAUAGCUCGAUUUCUUUUUGUUAAUUUAAUGACUGGUCUAUUCUUUUUUGAUAAUCGUUUUCGUCCUGUACCAUUAGCACAAACAUUUAUUGGAAUAAAAGGAGCAAAUAAAAUGACAGCAACAAAAAAUUUUGAUGAUAUUUGUUAUGAUAAAGUAUUAGAACAAAUUAAAGUUGGACGACAACAGGUACUUGUCUUUGUUCAUGCUCGUAAUGCAACCGUUCGUACAGGACUUCAAUUACUUGAAUAUGCACGUAAUCGUGGUGAUCUUGAACAUUUUCUAUAUAAAGAAAAAGAUGAAGAUGGUCCACGAGAAACAAUUCAAUAUCAAGAAGCAUGUCGACAUGUAUCUCAUUCGAAAAAUGCUCAAUUACGUGAUCUAUUUCCACAUGGUAUUGGUAUACAUCAUGCUGGAAUGUUAAGACAAGAUCGAAAUAUAGUUGAAAAAUAUUUUCUCAAAGGUUAUAUUAAAGUACUUGUUUGUACAGCAACACUUGCUUGGGGUGUUAAUUUACCAGCACAUGCUGUUAUUAUUAAAGGUACUGAAUUAUAUGAUAGUAAACGUGGUUCAUUUAUUGAUUUAAGUAUUCUUGAUGUAUUACAAAUAUUCGGUCGUGCUGGUCGUCCACAAUUUGAUACAAAUGGUCAUGGUUUUAUUUUAACUACACAUGAUAAACUUCAACAUUAUUUAUCUUUAUUAACUCGACAAAAUCCAAUUGAAUCACAAUUUAUAAGUCAUUUAACUGAUAAUCUUAAUGCAGAAAUUGUUCUUGGUACAGUAACAACAAUAGAGGAAGCAUGUUCAUGGCUUCGUUAUACUUAUUUAAAUGUUCGUAUGCAUCAAUCACCAAUAACAUAUGGUAUUAAUGCAAAUAUGAAAGCAGCUGAUCCAAAUUUACAUAGUUUUCGACGAGAUUUAAUUAUUAAAGCUGCACAAGAACUUGAUAAAGCACAUAUGAUUCGUUUUGAAGAAAAAACUGAAUAUUUAUUUGCUACAGAUCUUGGUCGAACUGCUUCUCAUUAUUAUAUUAAUUAUAUAACAAUUGAAACAAUAAAUGAACGUUUAUCAAAUCGUUAUAUGACUGAAGCUGAUCUUAUUGAACUUGCAUCAUUAGCUGAUGAAUUUUCUCAACUUAAAGUUCGAGAUGAUGAAUUAGAAGAACUUGAUUCAUUAUAUAAUAAUCAUUGUCAUGUACCUGUUAAAGGUGGUGUUGAAAAUGUUCAUGGAAAAACAAAUAUUCUUAUGCAAGCAUAUAUAUCACGUGCACAAUUAAAUUCAUUUUCAUUAAUAUCAGAUAUGUCAUAUGUUAAUCAAAAUGUUGUUCGUUUAAUACGUGCUCUAUUUGAAAUUGUUCUUAAACGUUCAUGGGCAAUAUUAUCAUCACGUUUACUUCGUGUAGCUAAAAUGGUUGAACAACGUAUGUGGGAUACAAUUAAUCCAUUAUGGCAAUUUUCACAAUAUAUUAAUAUUGAAAUUUUACAAAAAUUAGAUGCUAAACAAAUGACACCCGAACGUUUAUUAGAAAUGGAUACAAAAGAUAUUGGUAUUAUGAUACAUAAUACACGUUUAGGUAAAGAAAUUAAAACAUAUGCAUCAUAUAUACCAAUAUUACAUAUUGAAACACAAUUACAACCAAUAACACGUACUGUAUUACGUAUAAAAUUAACAAUAACAGCAGCAUUUAAAUGGUCGGAUAAAAUUCAUGGUACAACAAAUCAACAAUUUUGGAUAUGGAUUGAAGAUCCUGAUACAGAUAAUAUAUAUCAUUCAGAAUAUUUUAUUAUAACAAAAAAACAAGUUAAAUUAGAAGAACCACAAAUUAUUAUUUUUACUAUUCCUAUUAUUGAACCAUUAGCUAAUCAAUAUUAUGUACGAGCUAUUAGUGAUAGAUGGCUUGGCUCAGAUACAACAACUAUUAUUUCAUUUCAUAAUUUAAUUUUACCAGAACGUCAUAUGCCACAUACAGAAUUAUUGGAUUUGGAUCCAUUACCAAUAACUGCAUUAGGUAAUCCUGAAUAUGAAGCUUUAUAUAAUUUUAAACAUUUUAAUCCAAUUCAAACACAAUUAUUUCAUUGUUUAUAUCAUACAAAUAAUAAUACAUUACUUGGUUCACCAACAGGUUCAGGUAAAACUGUUGCAGCUGAAAUAGCAAUGUUUCGUGUUUUUAAUAAAUAUCCUGAUAUGAAAUGUAUUUAUAUUGCACCAUUAAAAGCACUUGUACGUGAACGUAUACAAGAUUGGAAAAUACGUUUUGAAGAACGUCUUGGUAAAAAAGUUAUUGAAUUAACAGGUGAUUUUACACCUGAUACACGUGCUAUACAAUUAGCUGAUGUUAUUGUAACAACACCUGAAAAAUGGGAUGGUAUGAGUCGUUCAUGGCAAACACGUUCAUAUGUUAAACAAGUUUCUUUAUUAAUUAUUGAUGAAAUUCAUAUGUUAGGUGAAGAUCGUGGUCCUGUACUUGAAGUUAUUGUUUCUCGAGCAAAUUUUAUAUCAUCACAUACAGAACGACCACUUCGUAUUAUUGGUUUAUCAACAGCUGUAGCUAAUGCUCGAGAUUUAGCUGAUUGGUUAGGUAUAACAGGUACUAUAGGUCUAUAUAAUUUUCGACCAAGUGUUCGACCUGUACCAUUAGAAGCACAUAUACAAGGUUAUCCUGGUAAACAUUAUUGUCCACGUUGUAUGUCAAUGAAUAAACCAGCUUAUAAAGCUAUACGUACACAUUCACCAAAUAAACCUGUUUUAAUAUUUGUUAGUAGUCGAAGACAAACACGUUUAACAGCUGAAGAAUUAGCAAAAUAUUUAUUAAAUGAUGAUAAUCCAAAACAAUGGUUACAUAUGCCAGAAUAUGAAAUAAAUAAUUUAUUAACACAAAUACAAGAUAAAAGUCUUCGAUUAACAUUACCAUUUGGUAUUGGUAUUCAUCAUGCUGGUUUAAAAGAUCGUGAUAGACAUAUUGUUGAAGAAUUAUUUGUUAAUCAAAGAAUACAAAUAUUAGUUGCAACGUCAACAUUAGCAUGGGGUGUUAAUUUUCCAGCACAUUUGGUUAUUAUUAAAGGUACUGAAUAUUAUGAUGGAAAAACUCAUCGUUAUGUUGAUUUUCCUAUAACGGAUGUAUUACAAAUGAUGGGUCGUGCUGGUCGACCUCAAUUUGAUGAUUCAGGCAAAGCAGUUAUUAUGGUACAUGAUGUAAAAAAGAAUUUUUAUAAAAAAUUUCUCUAUGAACCAUUUCCAGUUGAAUCAAGUUUACUUAAUGUUCUUACUGAUCAUUUAAAUGCUGAAAUUGUCAGUGGAACAAUAUCAACUAAACAAGAAGCACUUGAUUAUUUAACUUGGACAUAUUUUUUUCGUCGUUUACUUGUUAAUCCAAGUUAUUAUAAUAUGGAACCAUUAUCAAAUAAUACAAAUGAACAAAUAACACUUAAUACAUAUUUAUCAACUAUAAUACAAAGUUCAUUUAAUGAAUUAAUACGUGCAACAUGUAUUUUUAUCAAUGAAGAUGAUCAACGUACAUUACACUCAACUGUUCAUGGACGAAUAGCAUCACAUUAUUAUAUAUCAUAUAGAACAAUAUAUAUGUUUGCUCAACAUGUUACAUCAAAUACAACAUUGGGAGAACUUAUUGAUUUGAUUUCUUGUGCAUAUGAAUAUGCUGAAAUGCCGGUAACACAAAAAAAAAGAAAAGUUUUUGUAUAUGAUCUAAUAGAUAAGCUCAUAGUAGAUUCACGAGUAGAUUUUAGUGAGAAUAGCAAGUGUGUAAAAGAAUUCGCCGUCAGAUUAUAA